CAUCGAUCUACGCAUCGUUCUUCAAUUCUUCUUUUCACUUCUUUACAUUGCGUCUAGUACGCACGUCGCUCCUUUUCUGUGUUCAAGAUGUACUUCUCUACAUUCAUUUCUGCUGCUACCCUCUUUCACCUCUCCAUAGCUGGCUAUGUUCUCGAAGAUGACUACAUGAAAGACUUUUAUCAGCAAUUUGACUUCUUCACUGCACCUGACCCAACCAAUGGCUUCGUGAAGUAUGUUGACCAAGCUACCGCUCAAAGCAGCGGCUUGAUCAAUGCUACCAACUCCGGCGCAGUAUCUUGGGGUGUAGAUAGCACCAACAAGACCCCAAAUGGCAGGCCGAGCAUCCGUCUCACCAGCAAAAAGACGUAUAACAGCGGGCUGGUAGUGUUGGAUGUGGCGCAUAUGCCAACAGGAUGUGGAACAUGGCCUGCCUUUUGGAUGGUUGGACCAUCGUGGCCUACCAAUGGAGAGAUCGAUAUCCUCGAGGGCGUCAACGAGCAGGAAACGAAUGCUAUGACACUUCAUACUGGCGCCGGUUGCUCUAUUUCCUCUGAUGCCGGAGCAUUUGCGGGUGAGAUCGCAACCUCCAAUUGCGAUGUGAAUGCGGCGAACCAGGAUAAAAACGCAGGAUGCUCUAUCAAGGCCACCUCGAAGAAUACCUAUGGUGCCGGGUUGAACGCCAACAAUGGUGGCGUAUAUGCUACUCUGUGGACGGAUCAAGCCAUCAGCGUGUACUUCUUCCCACGUGGAUCGAUCCCGGCUGAUGUCACUGGCGAUUCUCCCGAUCCAACUACCUGGGGGAAGCCUGCUGCCAAAUUCGCGGGCGCUUGCGACAUCCCAUCCAUCUUUAAACAGCAGCAGAUCGUCUUUGACACAACGUUCUGUGGUGACUGGGCUGGUCAGGUCUGGAGCAGUGGCUCAUGCGCUUCGAAAGCAGACACUUGCAAUGCUUUUGUGCAAAACAACCCCUCUGCUUUCGCGAACGCUUACUGGACUAUCAACGCGCUGAAGGUGUACCAGGACAACGGCAAUGGUCCCGCACCGUCAGGCCCAGUUUCUUCCGUGGUUCCACCCGUAUCUAGCAUCGUACCCCCAGUUUCGAGUGUGAUUCCACCAGUCUCUAGCAUCAUCCCCCCCGUUUCAAGCAUCAUCCCUCCUGUCUCCAGCGACCUUCCCUCAAUCUCUGUCCCAAUUCCAAAACCCACCACUCUGGCAACUGUAGCAGUCUCCACAGGCGAUGCCCCUAGCACAUCAGCCGUCGGAGCUCAGCCUACCCAAGUUGGCCCAAUGGGCGGCUUCAGCUUCCCACACAAGCAGCCAUCUGGCGCUAGCACUAUUGCAGCCUCUUCGGCAACCCCCUCAACUCCAGGCAAGAGUACCGGAGCCCCAGCGGCCAGUUCGUCCGCGGUUGCAAGCACCGUAGUCCCAGUACCAAGCGCUUCCGCGCCGCUGAACCCAGGUAGCUCAGCAACCGUCCCAACCCCUUCGGAAAACACGGUCGCAGGCGUAGUAUCGGCUUCAUCUACACCCUGCACCUCCACAGUAGCAGUCCCUGUCGUCACCGACAUCAUUUCCAAAAAGAUCGUCGAAACUGUAUACCAAACUGUCGUCGUUACCGUCCCGUAUCCAGGCGAGACACCAGCUCCAGCAGCGAGGCGAGCGAGACAUGUUAGGGAGCAUAGGCGAAGGCAUAACCCUCAUUAA